UCCGUUUUCAAAUGCAAUAUUCCUAAUCAAGUGCAAUAUUCACACCAUACAUAACACUCCUCAUUCUCAUUUCAUCAUGGAUGUGUUUCAGCAGAAGAAGAAAUCCACAGGCCGCAAGAAGAUUGAGAUCAAGAAGCUUGUCAAGGACGCGAAUAAGCAAGUCACAUUCUCGAAACGUCGCGCAGGCCUAUUCAAAAAAGCAAGUGAACUCUGCAUUUUAUGCAAUGUUCAAAUGGCCAUAAUUGUGUAUUCCCCUGCUGACAAAUUGUUCUCCUUUGGCCACCCCAACACUGAAGCCAUCGUCUCACGCUAUCUCAACGGAUCUACAGAAUUUGAGCCUGCAAAGACAAGAGGCAGAUCAGGAACAUAUGAAGAGUACAAUCGAGAAUACGACGAGGCGAUUAAGGUGUUGGAGGCACAGAAGAAGAAACUAGCAGAGAUUGAAACUUUGGCUAAGGUUUGGAACAGGGGAGAAUGGUGGAAUGAAUCGAUUGAUGAGAUGGGCGCUGAUCAACUUGAGCAAUUCAUGUUGUCUAUUUAUGCUUUAAGGGGAAAGCUUGCAGAAAGAGCAGAUCAAUUCCCGAUGAUGUUUGCCAGGCUAUAGAAUAUUUGGCUUUUGAUGAUAGUUUCACAAUUUGUUUCUGUUCUUUCUAUGCAUUUUAUUCCUGCAUUAGAC